AUUGCCUUUGCCUUAGCCAUGGCAUAUGUUUGUCAAUUUGGUGUGAACAGUUUCCCGUCAGAACCUAUGAUGAAGAACUUGGUGUCUGCUCGCAGAAGUUUGGGGCUGUACCAACAUCAUGAUGGAAUUACUGGCACUGCCAAGGACUUUGUGGUGGUGGACUGUGGGAAAAAGUUGUUGAAAGCCAUCAUGGAUUUAAAGAGGAUGAUUGUGGAGUGUGCCUAUUUACUCAUGGUGUCCGACAGGAAAAGCUACUCCUAUCAGGAAUUAAUGUCUGUAUUUAACAUUGAUGAAUACAGAAUGUCCCAUGAUUCAAUGCCAGAGAAGAUAGUUCUGCGAUUGAGUAACCAGCCACAGUGUCUUUCAUAGUAACAGUCCCUGCCCUGGGCAUCUCCCGGGACAUCAUCCAGACAGUGCCAGAGGGAUCCAACCCUCAGAACAAGCUGUCCUACCUCACCAUUUAUAACCAUGGCACACCAGGAACAUCUCAGCA